AAACUUUUGUAAUUCCAUCCCACCUUUUAUCUAUGUGUUUGUGGGGAUUAUGCUUGAUUCUGCAUUCUUCUUUUCAUUCAUGCCCAGACGUAUAUACAUGACACUUGACACAUCCACCUUAUAGAGUAUAUAUGAUCUCCACAAAGAUUAAAGGGAUGGGUAAAUCUCAUAUUUUUAAUUUAAUAUUGUGAAGCUAAAGCAAGGGUGUUUCGGGGCACACAAGGACAAGGUCAAUCGGAAACCUGGUUUGGUAAUGGUGUCCAGUCUGUUUCUUUGACUAUGCAGGCAGAUCUACUGAACAACAUAUACCUAUGGAUUAAAAAAAAAACCCAUAAAUUAACAUCUCAAAAUAAAAUACUAAAAAGUUCCACAGAACUCAAGGAUGAAAAUUAUGGUACAUAAUAUAUGGUCAUAAUGAGAGCAUUAAGUAUUUGUUUUUUGGGGUUAAUUUGGUUUGGGGGUCCAUUCUCAAUCCUGUUUAAUUUGACAUUUUAUGCUUUUUCACUCCUCCACGGCUUCACUUUGUCUCCCGUAAAAAUCAUGGUCUCUCUUCCGUUUCCCAUUCAUUUUUUUUUUCAAUUUUGAAGUUAGUGUUUGACUGAUAAAAAACUAAUACUAGUUGUAGAAAUAGAACAAAGGAAAAGAGAGAUUGAAUAAAAAGACCCACAAACGGUUUUUAUUUUUUCUAUAUUUAUAUAUAUCGUGUGAUAAGUUUCAGAUUAUAUGUCACUUUCUGACCCUUCAAAAAAUUGUUUCCAAUAAUAUACAGUGUUGUAAUAUUAAGGCAAAGAAAAAAAAAAAGUGAAGAAAGAGCAAAGAAAGCUUCCAAUUGUUGUGUACUGUAAGCUUCUUCGGUUUCACUGUUAAUGUAAGGCAUGUCUUUCCUCAUUACCUACCUCUGACAACUCCACAUCUUCUUUAUUCGUAUUACCCAUUCCCCCAAACCCAUUUCUCGAAAACCCUGACUCAUGGAAACCCUACACAAAUCCUUUCUUUUUAAAAAUGCAGCACCUUGUUUUCAAGCAUCUCAAGGUGCUUCUCUGUGGGGUUUACACCUUUCUUCUUUAUAGACACCCACACUCCUAAAUUUUGCUCUUUUUUGCUUCUUACCGAUUGUGUCUCAAGGAGGCAUCUAGGUGUUGGUGAAAAUGGCGUCUGAUCUGAACAAAACUCUGUCACAAACAUACAUUGGUCUGCAGUUGUGGGUACUUAUUGUAAUUGGCUUAGCAGUGGUUUUUUUAGUUAUCCUUGGCAUAUCUCUGUGGCUUAGUUUUCGAAAGAAAUCCAGAAAGGCUAAUGACAUGCUUCCUGUAAGGCAAGCGCCUUAUAUUCCAGAGGAAAUUAAAGAGAUAAGCAUUGAUCAAGUUUCAGCAAACAAUGGUGGUCUGAACACCCUUAAUGAUAAAUUCAGUGACAGAGAUUCAGAGAAGGUUUUGUUUAAUGUAGAUAAUGGAGAUGAGAGUGGCCAGUCAGGUUCCUUUAAUCAUGUGGAGAAAGAUGUUAAAGGAUCUCAACCAGGAGAAGAGGGAGGCACUGGAGAAGUUUCCACAUACAGGCCUUCUUCACAUCCGUUGACUGCUCCUUCACCUUUGUCUGGCCUGCCUGAAUUUUCACACCUGGGCUGGGGUCAUUGGUUCACUCUCAGAGACCUGCACCUUGCAACUAACCGGUUUUCGAAGGAUAAUGUCAUUGGUGAUGGUGGAUAUGGAGUUGUUUAUAGAGGCAAUCUGAUUAAUGGGACCCCUGUAGCUGUCAAAAAGCUCCUCAACAAUCCGGGACAAGCUGACAAGGAUUUCAGGGUGGAAGUUGAAGCCAUUGGUCAUGUGCGGCAUAAAAACCUAGUUCGACUUCUUGGUUACUGCAUUGAGGGCACACAAAGGAUGUUGGUUUAUGAAUAUGUCAAUAAUGGCAAUUUGGAGCAGUGGCUUCGUGGAGAUAUGUGUCACAAGGGAUAUCUUACUUGGGAGGCUCGCAUCAAGAUUCUUCUUGGCACUGCCAAGGCAUUGGCUUAUUUGCACGAGGCUAUUGAACCAAAAGUUGUGCAUAGAGACAUAAAAUCAAGUAAUAUACUGAUUGAUGACAACUUUGAUGCUAAAAUAUCUGAUUUUGGUCUGGCCAAAUUGCUAGGUGAUGGGAAAAGUUAUAUCACAACUAGAGUUAUGGGUACCUUUGGUUAUGUUGCUCCAGAAUAUGCCAACUCUGGCCUCCUGAAUGAGAAGAGUGAUGUUUAUAGCUUUGGUGUUGUGCUCUUAGAAGCAAUAACUGGAAGAUACCCAGUAGAUUAUGGUCGCCCUCAGCCAGAGGUGAAUAUGGUUGAGUGGCUAAAGAUGAUGGUUCAACUCAGACGCUCAGAGGAAGUAGUUGAUCCUAACAUUGAGACUAGACCAUCAACUAGUGCUCUUAAACGUGCUCUUUUGACUGCUUUGAGAUGUGUUGAUCCUGAUGCUGAUAAAAGACCAAAGAUGAGUCAGGUUGUUCGCAUGCUUGAAUCAGAGGAAUAUCCUAUUCCUCGAGAGGAUAGAAGACGCAGAAGGAAUCAGGCAGUGAAUUCAGAUGCCGAUCCUCAGAGGAAAAACUCUGAUGCUGAUAGGAGUGAUGAUCCAGAUUCAAGGUUGGGCAUUUGAAUGCACCAUCAACCCUACCCUAGACUUGGGGGCAAAAUGGUCUUAGAAGCUGAGAACAAGGGCAACUACCUUCCUUACAUUUGUUUAUAUUCUGAUGACUUGGAAUGGCCUACAGUUGCGAUCGUAGACAUGCAGCAGAUGCAGGCAACUGAGGGAAUUCCUUUUUUGAGCUUUGAAUUACGUAUCUACUUCUAGAUUCUAGAUAAGAUUAGGUUGUGUGCGGAGAUGGCAUUAUUAUGAGACAUCAUUGCCACUAAAGUUUCUGUACAGGUCCAUUGGUUCUUUUUACUUAUCGCUGUUAUUUUCCUAAGGUCUUGUAGUUCACUUUUAUGAAUAUUUGUUGCUGGGAUGGAGAAAAUGAAAAGAAAAAUACUAGUAAGAAAUCUGAUGGUAGAACAGGGACGACAAGUACUCUACACUUUCUUCUGUUGGAUAGUCGUGUAAGCAAUGCUUGUUCCAUGUAUGCAAUGUUGAAAAACUACGUAAGUUGAGGUUGUGAUUUGAAACUUGAAAGCAUCUUUCUGCUGGAAAUUACGACCAAGGCGGUCCCAUGUGCAGAUGAUGAGUCAAAAAAAUGUACUAUUUUUCUGGUCCUAACAAAAGCUGUUGUUUGUGGUCAAUCUGCUGAGUUGAACAGAGGCAGUGACUGGUUAGAGCCAGACAUUUUGGUUGCGUUGGUGAAGGGGCAAAAACAGAAAUGUACGUGAAAUUGCAGGAAGAGUAACUUAACAGGGACGUAAUGUUGAUUUGCAUGUGAUUAUUUUAUUUGCGGCCAUGUGCAGGGUAAGGCAUCUAACACAUGGUUUUAGGCAUAAUGAGUAUGACAGCAACGCUCCAUUUUCA